AAAAACGCUUCAUCCCACCUCUAUGUAAAAAAUACAAUCUCCAGUCUACACUGUAAAUUUACAUAAUCACUCAAUAUUCAUAUCUGCCUGGAAAUAAACUCUAAUAAAUAUGAAUGGAGCAGUAAAGCUGGGUUUAUCCUCCCUUCUCCUCCUCCUGCGCUCCGUGCGCUUUCUAGCUGCUCCUCCACCUCCAUGCACAACUCUCUCUCUCUCUCUCUCUCUCUCUCUCUGUCUCUCUCUCUCUCUCUCUCUCUGUCUCUCUCUCUCUUAGCCCAGCCCCCUUGAUCCCCUCUGUCCAUUGGUGUCUUCAGGGUCUCUCUCUCUCCCCCCUCCCUCCCUCCCUCCUUCCAUAGGUAGUCCAUAAUGAGUGUCCAUUGGUCUUUUAUUGCAGCUUGUCCCCCUCCCACUGGCCGGCUUCAGCCCUGCCCAUGUUUUCUAUGUCUCAGUCCGUCCAUCUCCUGACGUUCAAGUUCGCAGGAACGUCACGUCCGCACUUGAACUUGCAGCUCAGCUCAGGGGGGUAUCUCAGUAACCCCCAUCACAUCACAUCACUCUACUCUCUCUUCUCUCUUCUUCUUUGCGCAAAAAAAGUCAUGAAGAGGUCCUCACAGCCCGCAGCGCGCGACGCCUCCUCGCCCUCUGUUGUAUGAUCUGCAGUUCAAUUUUUUCUUUUCUUUUUUUUUUUUUUCUUCUUUUUCCCUAUUUGGAUGUCAGACAGCAUCAAUGAAGAGGUUUCAUUUGGAGUCUACCUUAUAGGAACGGAUUUCCCAAUGUGAACUCAGCUGAAGAGCCGCCUCCACUGAACACAACAUGUCUCGCCGCAAGCAAGGCAAACCACAGCACUUGAGCAAACGGGAGUUUUCGCCUGAGCCGCUGUCAGGUAUUUUACCAGAAGAAGACUCUCAGGACUCCCCCAGGCUGGGAGUGGCUCAGGGCGAGCCCCUAAAAGGGGACCAGGACCUGCUGACCUGCGGCCAGUGCCACUCCCGCUUCCCCCUGGCCGACAUCCUGCUGUUCAUCGAACACAAACGGAGGCAGUGCCACGGGAGCCUCUGCACGGACAAACCCUUGGACAGGCCGCCGUCCUCCCCGCUCGCCUCGCCCCUCUCCACGUCCUCCUCGCACUCGCGGACCCACCAUCAGCACCACCCGCGGAGGGCGUGUCACCCCGUGGAGGUGGCCGUCCAGGUGUCGCCGCGGGACGAGGAUUGUUUAUCUACGCCCUUGCAAGGAAUAAUCCCCAAGCAGGAGAAUAUCACAGAUAAAGAUGAGCCCAGCAGUUACACCUGCACCACCUGUAAGCAGCCCUUCACCAGUGCCUGGUUCCUGCUCCAGCAUGCCCAGAACACCCACGGCUUCCGCAUCUAUCUGGAGAGCGAACCUGGCAGCCCCCUCACCCCCCGCGUGGCUGCAGCUCCUGGGAUGGGGGGUGACUGUGCCUCCUCCCAGCCUCCGCUCCAUGCCGUCCACUUGGCUGAUGGCAGUCCUUAUAGCCUCUUGAGGAUGCCGGGCUCUGGGUCUGGCCGGGAGUCGGCGACCACGCCUCGCGAGGGACGUUACCCCCGAACCCCACCUCUGUUCAGCCCGCCACCGCGCCACCACCUCAGCCCCGACGACCUGGCCCUGGCAACCCACCAUCCCAGCGCUUUUGACAGGGUGAUGAGGCUCAACUCAGUGCCAAUAGAAGCGCCUCCAAUGGACUUCUCUAGACGUCUACGUGAGCUGGCUGGGAAUGCCACUGGGGCUUCCCCGCCUCUCUCCCCUAACCGGCCCAGCCCUAUGCAACGGCUGCUGCAGCCAUUCCAGCCAGGUUCAAAGCCUCCAUUUUCAGCUACGCCUCCCCUCUCCACCUCUCAGUCACCUUCUGGCUCACGCUCCACGCCCAAUGCCGUAUCCAAUGCGGCCCAACCGGGCACACCUCUCAAGUCGAAGUCUUGUGAGUUCUGCGGGAAGACCUUCAAGUUCCAGAGCAACCUAAUCGUUCACCGGCGAAGCCACACGGGGGAAAAGCCAUUCAAGUGUCACCUCUGUAACCACGCCUGCACCCAGGCCAGCAAACUGAAACGACACAUGAAGACGCACUGUCAGAGCAAGUCUUCGGUGCUCAACGCCAAGUCAGAUGACGGCCUCUCGACCGCAAGCUCCCCCGAACCUGGUACCAGUGAUCUGAUAGGCAGCGCCACCGACGCUCUCAAGUCGGUGGUGGCCAAGUUCAAGAGUGAGAGCAAUGGCCUGAUGCCUCAAAAUGGAGAAGAAGAGGAGGAAGAGGAGGAGGAGGAGGAGGAAGAGGAGGAAGAAGAGGAGGAGGAAGAAGAGGAAGAAGAAGAGGAGGAGGGGGAGGAGGAGGAAAUUGAGACUAAGCCUGGAGUCGAAGAGGAAGAGGGAAAGAAUGACUAUCGUUUCAGCCUGCGGCUAGAAGGGGCCCGCCACCACCAGAACAGCGAGGCCCUGCAUCCGCACCGCCGCAGCUCGUCCCGGGAGCCCGUUGACGAGGACUCGGCCUUGGAGUCCGACCGAGCAGAUGAUGGAACCACCACCACCAUCAAUGGCCUGGGACCUCUAUCCACUGACAGCCUGUCUAGGAAGCUGAGUGGAGGGGUCAGUCCCGGCUCCCUCAGCCCCCUGUCCAAGCGCAUCAAGGUGGAGAAGGACCUUGACCCCCCCACGCCCACUAUCCCAAACACGGAAAACGUGUACUCCCAGUGGCUAGCUGGCUACGCUGCCUCACGACAACUCAAGGACCCCUUCAUCAACUUCACAGGUGGGGACUCCAGACAAUCGCCCUUCGCCUCCUCAUCCGAGCACUCGUCGGAAAACGGCAGCUUGCGCUUCUCCACUCCACCCGGCGAGCUGGACGGGGAGCGGGCCGCCUCGGGACGCAGCGGCACCGGCAGCGGGGCCAGCACCCCGCACGGCGGCGGGAACUGCAGGCCGAGCUCCAAGGACGGCCGCCGCAGUGACACCUGCGAGUAUUGCGGCAAGGUGUUCAAGAACUGCAGCAACUUGACAGUGCACCGACGCAGUCACACUGGAGAGCGGCCGUACAAGUGUGAGCUGUGCAGCUACGCGUGCGCCCAGAGCUCAAAGCUCACCCGCCACAUGAAGACCCACGGACAGAUGGGCAAGGACGUGUACAAAUGUGAAAUCUGCCACAUGCCUUUCAGUGUAUACAGCACUCUGGAGAAACACAUGAAGAAGUGGCACAGCGACCGCCCUCUGGCUAAUGACAUUAAGACUGAGUAGGCAAAGAGCAGCAUGCUGGCAGCUCUCUCUCUCAGCUCCCCUGGCUAAAAAGCGACCCUGGCUAACUAGCCAAUAAGUGAGGGGAAAAGGACAACAGGGUUAGACACCAGUACACGGUACAGCCCUGUUAUCAUCCCCGACUGGAAAAAGCUGAAUGCAUGAUCCAUCAUCGGGGCAAUACUAUUGCAUCAAGCGCAAAACUUUUUGAGCCUUUCUAUUGUGCAAUAAUUUACACGUUUUGUAUUUUUUUGUAACUGGACAGCAUGCUCGGUGUGUUUUGGCUACUUAGAGAGAAAAUUGUCCUCGGCUGGUGGGUUUGGUUGUACAUGUGUCGCUGUUGAUACUUUUGAUUUCUUCGACAUAGAAAAGAAAAAAAAAGUUAGUUAUGAGAACCCAUGCUGCAUACAGUACAUACUGUUUUACAUAUCAUGUACAGUUUUGUGUUCAAACAUAGUGGACAGUGUCAUAUUAUCAAAAACAUCAAGACAAGCAGGGUCACACUUAAAACUGAUCUUUGUGAAAGAUUUUUCCAUGCAAGAUUGAUAUGAGAUAUAUAUAGAAAUUUGGGCUGCCUAUGAAAUGCUAGGCACUGGCGCCAUUAGAUAUUUCUUUGACAAACAGCAAUGAAAUUAACAAUAUGGUGUGAAAUGACAACAAAGAGUGCCUUGGAUAUUUUACCUGCAUUAGUUAAUCCUCCUUUUUGCUAUAAGCUCGGAGUUUCAGCUAGAGAAGAUUACAGGACAUUUUUGUGCACAUAUGGAAUAAGCAGGUCCUUGCAUCAAGCACCUGUACAAACCCUGUCGUUUUGUGACUUAGCAGAGCAUAAGGAACCAGCUGAAAUGAAAAAAAAAAAAAAUUAUGUGUACCUCUGGUAAAUCAUUUAUCUGCCUGACUCAUGUAUAUUGUUAUUCUCCAGAUUAUGAUUCUGUUUACUGGCAUGUUACAUGCUAAAAAGGAGUAUGUGUGUAGAGUUUCGGUUUAGGUGUCGUUAUGUUUCCCGGUACACGUGUACCACACUGAGAGGGUAGUCUGACGAGUUGUUUUAACCAACGUAAAGCUCUUAAUUUUCCAGAGUGUUUAUUUUCUUUGAAAAUUAAAAGUUUGCAGGGUUUUUUUGUAAGUAGCACAGAAUUAUGUUUCUUCGGUGUCAGCCGGGCAGCAGUGUAGCCAGCAGCCACUCGGAGACCGCAGGGUGGGUUUUAGUUGUUCUAACGAAAAACGUAGAAGAAGGUCCGCACACUGUAGUUACCUUUAAGUGCAAUUUAUUGGCACAUCCUAGUUAGUGACAUUUUGAGCACAAGCAUUUUUUCGGAGAUGCCAUCUUAAAAGGUAAACGCUCUGAUCACAUAACAGUCACCUGAUUUAGCCAGUGACCCAAAUAUCCCACAUAUAAUCAAACGUAAUGUUACAUGUAUAUUAAGAAAAAGACAUAUGCAUUAGGGCUGUCAAUCUAUUAAAAUAUUUAAUCGUGAUUAAUCGCACAUUAACAACACAUUUCUUGAUCUGUUCAAAAUGUACCUUAAAGGGAGAUUUGUCAAGUAUUUAAUACUCUU